AACACGAUCACGUGACCCCCACAGCACGUCUGUAAACACGGUGUGUUUCUGCGGCUUUACAACUUGCAUAGGUCCAUUUGAUAUCUAUACACGUAAAAGAUGGCGGUGGACGCAGGAACGCCGUAUUUCUUCGGUGAUAUCGGCUUCUGGUCAGAGAGGACAGAAGUCCACAAGGCUGCGUAUCAAGGGCAGGUGUCCCAUCUGCAGAGCCUGAUCCAGAGUGGAGCAUCAGUGAAUAUUGUAGCUGUUGAUUCCAUCACUCCUCUCCAUGAAGCAGCUAUCCGAGGACAGACACAGUGUGUGAGGCUGCUACUGGAUGCUGGAGCCCAGGUAGAUGCGAGGAACGUGGACGGCAGCACUCCUUUGUGCGAGGCCUGUUCUGCUGGAAGCUCUGAAUGUGUACAGCUGCUCCUCGAGUAUGGAGCAAUGGUUAACCCCGCCCUGACCUCUCGCACCACCUCUCCACUGCAUGAGGCCUGCUUGGGAGGAAACGCUGAUUGCGUAAAGCUCAUGAUAGCAAAGGGGGCAAGUCUGGAAGCCUAUGAUCUGUACAACGGCACUCCUCUUCAUGUAGCCUGCUCUACCCAAAACCUCGAGUGUGUCAAGGUGAUACUCAAUGCAGGAGCGAAAGUGAAUGCUGUCCGGCUGCACGAGACAGCGCUACACCACGCCGCGAAGGCCAACAACGUCGAAAUGAUCGAGCUGCUGGUGGAGUUCGGGGCAAACAUCUACGCCAAAGACAAACACGAGAGGAAGCCUGUUGACUACACCAAGCCCGAGACACCAGCUGCUCUGUGUCUGCGGCUUUACGAGAGUUGUCCUCUCUCUCUGCAGCAGCUUAGUCGUAUCAGACUGAGGCAUGUCCUGGGCACUAGAGCGCUGCAGAUCAUCACCAAACUCAACCUACCCAAUUUCAUCAUUCGCUACCUCUCAUAUCUGUGAGAUACACACACACACACACACACACACACACACACACACACACACACACACACACACACACACCACCACCACCACAUGCUCCCUCAGGGCUGGAACAACUCAGAGCUUCAGUAUGAGCUUUAUAUAUCUCACAUUUCUUACCUGUUAAUAUAUCCAUAUAUUUAUUAUUUGAAUAUUAUUUAUAAAAGUUGGGAUGCACUUUCUUGCUUAUGGUACAUCUUGAUUUUUGACUGAUCAAUUAAAGCAUUAGCCUUUGUAAAUAUCAGAGCAAAGCACUUGGGACAUCCUCAGUACUGUUUAGUAAAGAAAGCCAGAGGAUGUAGAAGUAUGAGAUUCUACCAGCUGUCUGCACUCAGGAACUUCUCUGAACGCAACACGCGAGACUCUGAAGUGGCAGUACAUUAGUUACCUUGACUACAGCUGUGUAGCGUGAACAACAUUCAACCAGCCUGAAGCGGAUUCAGGCAGCUUCAUCUGAAACACUUUCCAAACGGAGUCUGCAGACCUGACAACUUGUUGUAGCACGGAAUCCACAGACAUUCUGUAGAGCAUAACUAGACCUGCUUCAUUUUAUAAGCUGGCCUUUGAACGUAACAGUAAGGGGACAAAAAUCAUUUAUAUACCUAUUAUGAAGCCAGUUAUAUUUUGCACUGACUUUUAACUUACUUAGCCACAUUAAUACAACUCGCAGGUACAGCAGGAAGAACUCUAUUGUAUAAGGGGAAUACCAUCUCCUAAUUACAGACAGAAACUACUCAAAAUACUUAUUUUUUUACUUAUGAUUAUUAUUAUUGGCGCGUUCAGUGGGAGGAAUCUUCAUUCUCUGGUAACUGCAGCAUCCUUGUCCUAAGAAAUGAAUACGGUACCAAGUCUGUGACUCACCAAAACACACUUUGUCACAAAUCACGUGUGUACUCUUUUACACAGUUACCGCAUACUGUUUUACCAAUCAUGCAUAGAUUCUAAAAUUCUGAAAUGUCUUAUAUCAUUCAAUUCUCCCAUAUAAGUUUUCAAUGGAAGAAACAGAUCCUGACAACUGUCAUGAUGCUGUGAUUUCUAUGUAACAUUUCAUGCUUUGAUUUUUGUCUCAUUAUUGUCAAGAGAAAAGAAAAAAAAACAAGCUUGUGAAAGAUUCAUUAUUUGUGGCUGCUAAAAUAGAUUUAGCCAUUCUAUAAAUGUUCUAAGGAACGAACAUUCGAAACAAUUAUUAAUAGAUAAGAGUAUGUUGCACUUGAGUCAAUCAAAUGUGUUUGCCAUUAACUGCAUUAUAAGAGGAAUACAACUUUCAGAAUGUGUAACACUUCUCCCAUUUAACAACACUCCACAGCUGAGUAUAUCGUGCUUGUGCUGUUUACAGUAAUAAAACAAGUAAUGUGCCAGUGAUAUCAUUAGAAUGAAAAAUCCUAUUACUAACAUGUGCUCAAUUUAUUGUUGUGUCUGUAUCAACUUAACAUUAUUGACUAGCCCCUAUCGCUAUUAGCACAUAGCAUUUUACACACUCACUUGGAUUAUUUUGCUCAGUUUAUGUUCUUAAAUAUUCUCCCACUUGUGUCACAAUUUCAAUUUAUUGUUGAAUAUUGUUGAACAUUUUAGAAUAUUAGUUAAAAUAUUAUGUGCAUGUGUAUUUGUGCAUGUGCUCUUUUCUAGUGCCAGUUGUAGUGCUAAAUUAGCACUUUCCAAGUUUGUAGAAUUCGAGUUAUAUUUAUAUUAAGUUUGUAAUCUUGCGUACCAGUGUAGAUUUAUUCAUUACUAGAGACUCAAAGCACUUUUGUACGUCGCUCUGGAUAAGGGCGUCUGCUAAAUGCCACAAAUGUAAUGUAAAUGUUGUAGUUAGUGCCUGUUAUACAAGGGUCUUUAAACAUUUUAAAUUUGUGAUUGUGCCAUAAUGAUCUAUUAUGGGUCAUUACUGACCAAGAUUAAAGGAGCAGUCACGUCAGAUUUACGCCUCACCAUUUUAUCUGCUUGGGUGAAGUGAAAACAAGGCAAUUAUAGCUGUAGUGCUACCAUGUAAUGAUUCGAAGGUAGCGGUGUAGCUUGUUUGAAGUUAUAAAUUUGAAGUGAUGAUAAUCAGUUCUAAAUACUGUCGGAGGCAAGAAUUCGUUUUUGCUAAGAAAUAGACAUUAAUUGUUUUUUUUUUUUGUUUUGUUUUUUUACUUGUGUGCCAACUCAUAAUUAGUCAGUGUUCGACCUCACCAUUUUCUUGGAGAAAUAGUAUUUAUUAUUUUAAUAAUUUUGUGUUAUUAAAUAAUAUUUAAUACAACAAAAUAAUAAAUGCAUUUAAUAUUAUAGUAAAUUAUAUCAAAUAUUAUAUAUAAUAUAUUAAAUAGUAUAUUUAAAAUUAGAUGUUAAUUCAAUAAAGGAUAAAUGAGUGGCUUUGUUUAUUUAUCAUUUUUAUCAAUUUUACAUCUUAUGUUUAAAAGGCCUGAGUAUUGAUGAAUUUAUUGAUUUAAGAAUCAGUCUGGUUUGCUUAAGGUCUCGUCUGUCGACUAUUGACUGUCUCGUCUUGGUAUUUUAAUUGCUUUUAUAAUUUAAUCAGUUUUCCACACUUGUAAAGGUCGUUCUAUGAUUCCAAUCUCAUCUACAAAUGUCCUUUUCCCCUUUUUUUCAUAAACAUCUUGAAAAUAGUCUAUAAAUAACUAACUGCACAGAAAUAGCACAGGGAGAAAACUUGUCCUCGUUUGGUUUUGACUGGAGAAAAUGAGUUAUUUCCUUUUCUGGCCUGAUCUGCAGGCCCAGGAGAGAACAUGGCACACUGGCACUUUUCUAAACAGAUGUGAGAAGUGGGCUCAAUAUAAAUUUAAGUCUUCAGGGUAAAGGUUUUUCUCUGUGAAUACAUUUUAUUUAUUAUUUUUUAAGUCUUAGAGAUAAAAAGCAGAGGCUGGCAAGGAAAUGACUGUUUAUAGCUGUUCUAACAUAAGCAAUGACAGAAACUGGUUUGUUUCAUAGAUGUUCCACAGCAUUACCUUUGACUAUAAACAGAUCAAUAUUGUUGGAAUGUUGUUGUGGUAUAAAAAAACUAUAAAAUUGUGUAUAAAUACAUAAAACAGCAGAAAUAGCCCUAAUUCUCCUCAAUUAGCUUUCAAGGAGACAAAUAAAAAUUAUUUUCCUGUUCAGUUCUGAUCUGCAAACUUACAAGGAAAUAACAAGGUGUGAUUAUCUGAGCUUCUCAAGGUGUAAUGGUAGGUAGAUAGAGCUCUUGCGGUAAUGAAUGUCCCAGACGUUGGUCAGUGCCAAAACUAUUAGCACCUUUUAAAAAAAAAGAUCUGUAUUGAGUGGUGGUUAAAGAUUAAAAGAGGACAUUAUUGGUAACACGACGACAAAGCCAGGUGGAGAGAAUAAAUAGCUGUUUUGUGACCUUUUUUUUUUCUCCCUCAUGCUGCUUUUUCUCUAGCAAAUAUCUGGCCAUACUUAUCUACACUAUGUGAACAAAAGUAUUGGGAAGCCUGUAUAGAAUAUCAUUGGGUUUAACUUUUCCGUUUACAAACUAGGAGACCCGAACCUGUUCCAGCAUGACAAUGCACUUUAUGCUCUGCACAAAUCCAGCUCCAUAAACAUAGAGUGAACAUGGGUUGGCCUGCUAUAGAGCUCUAACUUCAACCCUAUUAAACACCUGUAGGAUGAAUGUAAACAUUGACUUCACUCCAGGCCUCAUCAUCUCACCUACAUCAGUACCUGACUUUACUAACACCCUUGUGUCUGAAUGAGCACAAAUCUCCACAAGCACACUCCUGAAUCUAGUGGAACAUCCUCCCAGAAGAGUGGAGAUUACUAUAACCGCAAAUGGGGACUAUAUGUAAAAUGGAAUGUUUAAAAAGCACAUACAAGUCUUAUGGUCAGGUGUCCACAAACAUGUCCAUAUAGUGUAUAUCGAUGUGGGAUGUAUAUAAAAAUUCUCUGAUAUGUGGUAAUAAAUUUGAACUUGCCUGUUUGUAUUAAGAUCAUGUCUAGUAGACACAGUAUGGAUGUAUGUAACUUUAGGGUUAAAAACACUUCUAUUCUGUACAUUUCUUAAUAUUCGAACUAUUGAUUUACUACAUCUUAUCUGAUUGUAUUAAAGCCAAAUGUUCUUUCUGGUUCACAUAUUCUCAACAUCCUUUCAAUACUUGCAUGUCCACAGAGUACUUCUGCAGCACGCUCUUAUAAAACAGUCAAAAAUAGUCAGCAGGCCAGAAAUAGCUCCACUCCCAGAAUAUUUGCUCUGAGUGAACUUUUUUGGGGGAGCGUAUUAUGUUUUUCCUCUUGUGCUAAAGCUGAGGUUCAGCAAGGCCAACGCACUUUAAUUACUAAACAGGCCAGAGAACUGACAGAAGAAUGCAACUGUUCUAACACAGCUAACCCUCCACAGGAAUGACUCUUACCAACACUGAUUUGCAGCUAUGGUUGGAAUUUUUUCUUUUUCAUCUUUGUGAUUAAACCUUUAAAGGACUGACAUUGUUUUCUGCAUCAUUCUGGCUACUUGUAUAAUAAAUAGAGCACAGUAUUAGUAUAGAGCACAGGAGCCAGGUCUGGUAUUGCUGCUGCCCUGCUAUAAGGAAGAAAUCUGUUAUAUAUGUUCAUUUAUUUAAUGCACAGCUGUAAAAAUCAUUGCUGGGCUAUAAACAGCUGUAUUACAUAAUGCUGAUGUGAUGUUUAGAAAAUAGUCACUGUACAUUAUGCACACUUUGUAAAUAAUUAUGAAAUGUUUGUAUGAUGGUUGUCAAUCUUUAAGAAAAUAAAGAAAAUGAUCCUUAAAAA